AUGAAUAUAAGUAGUAUUAAGUGCCAUUUUGAUGAAUUGUUAGUAUUAUUAAGUACUUCAAUGGUUAAUUUUGAUAUUGUUGUUUUAUAUGAAACUUGGCUUUUAAAUGAUGUAAAUUUUAUUAUUAAUGGUUAUCAAUCCUUAAAUUCUCUUGCUGUAAAUAAUAAAUCGGAUGGUGUUACUAUCUUUAUUAAGAAUAGGUAUCAAGUCAAAAACGUUUGUACUAACCUUAUGUCUAAUGUUAAUUCCAUUGAAUUAAAAUUUGAUAUCAAUGGUAUAGAGUAUGUUGUUACGGGGUGUUAUAGGUCCCCUAGUGAUAAUAUUGAUGCAUUUUUAUAUUAG